AGUCCUUGUGUCUCUGCCUUUCAAUUCAAGAUGGACACAAACAAGGCUAUCACCCAGAUGGUUUCUUUCAUCAAGCAAGAGGCCCAGGAGAAGGCCCAGGAGAUCAACAUCAAAGCUGAGGAGGAAUUUAACAUCGAGAAACUCCGCCUUGUGGAAGAGCAGAAGGUCAAGGUCAAGGCUGAGUUCGACAGGAAGUUGAAGCAAGUGGAAAUUCAGAAACGAAUUGCCUUCUCUAACGAGGUGAAUGCCUCUCGCCUCCGUGUUCUUACCUCGAGAGACGAAGUCGUCAAUCAAGUCAAGACAGUAGUUAUGAACGAACUGAACAAGCUGGGGGAUGCGUCUGCGCCUGGGUACAAGGAGAUGUGCCAGAAGUUGGUGCUGCAGGGCCUCUACCAGUUGAUGGAGCCUGCUGUGGUCGUGAGGUGUAGGAAGUCCGAUCAGGGUGUCGUGCAAGGCGUUCUCAAGGACGCUGCCAACCAGUUCACCAACGCGACCGGGAACAAGUGUGACGUCACCUUGGACAAGGACUUCCUGCCCGACAAGAACGACCCCACCGCCCCUUGUGCGGGAGGUGUGAAGCUGUACACGCCUGAUCACAUGAUCUGCUGCGACAACACUCUCAACGCGAGACUCGACGUUGUUCUCUCUCAGAAACUGCCGGAUGUUAAGAUUGCUCUCUUCGGCAGAUCUGCAUCGCGUGUGCACAUUGAUGUUGAGAUGUAAUGAGCGAUGUCAAACUCUGCCGGACGGCAAAAGUUUUUUCAAUGUGAUGGAAAAACAAAAAAGAAAUCCAA